ACUCCCACCCCGGCCCUCUCCUUCCUCCCGCCGUCGUCGCGUCGCGCCGGCUCCACCUCCACGCACCCACCACCAUUAGAGACUCCACUCGCCGCCAACUAGUGCUGCUACGUACGUACGACGUACUGCCACCGGUCGCAAUCCCCGCUCGGAAUUCCCCACCACCACCACCGCCACCGCGAGCGCGAGCGGAAAGCGGCACCUUUCCUCCCUUUUCGCUUAUCUUUCGCCCCGCUCCUUCCGUUUCUCGCUCAAGCCGCUGCCGCACUAGGACUGGUGCUGCAGUAGUACGUACCACUGUAACAAGGAAGCAAAGCGGGUGAGCCAGCGGCCAAGGCGGCCGCCUUCUGAUGUCGUCGUCGCCGCCCGCCGCGCCGGGCCCGGCCUCGCCGCCUGGGAAUCGAACGGCACCGCCACCGGCCUCGGCGCCACCCGCUACCAACUCGACGCCCCCUUCGCCGCCGGCGCCACCGGCCUCCGCGCCGCCGCCCUCCUCUCCCGUGCCACCGCCGUCGACGCCCGCCGCGCCGCCCCCGUCCUCCGGCACCACACCCCCGCGACACCCUCCCUCCCGCCUCCCACGGCCCCCGGGGCGCCCGCCGCGCCGUCUCCCCCGUCGACCACGCCGUCUCCGCCGACCGAUCGUCCGACGCCGUCCGCCCAGGCCUCGCCGCCGCCGCCGAGCUCGGCGCUCAACACGGCCACGGUGGCUGGGAUCGCGGUGGGCGGCCUGAUCGCGCUGCUGCUCGCCAGCCUGCUCUGCUUCUGCAUGCUCAAGAAGAAGAGGCGGCACCACCCGCACCACCCUCCGCCUCCCCCGCCGCCCCACCACCUGCACUACUAUGGGCAUCCGCCACCGCCACCGCCCCCGCCGCCGUUCAAAGGGGAUCAAUAUGGGUGGCAGCAUAAUGCCCCUCCACCACCCCCCGAUCAUGUUGUGAAGAUGAAUUCACAUCCUUCCACUAAGCCGCCGCCUCCUCCGGUCAAUGUAAACAGCAGUGGUUCGGGUUCACAUUUCUCAGGCGGCGGUGAGAACCGACCCCUGCAAUCACCGUUUGGCAACGCCCUCAGCUUCUCGAAAUGCACUUUUACUUAUGAAGAGUUAGCGGUGGCGACCAAUGAAUUCUCCGAUGCUAAUCUUCUCGGGCAAGGUGGCUUUGGAUUUGUUCACAAAGGAGUGCUGCCAGAUGGCACAGAAGUUGCUGUGAAGCAAUUAAGAGAUGGAAGUGGGCAGGGAGAGCGUGAGUUCCAGGCAGAGGUUGAGAUUAUCAGCCGAGUACAUCAUAAACAUCUCGUGACAUUGGUUGGUUAUUGCAUUUCUGAAGACAAGAGGUUGCUUGUCUAUGAGUUUGUUCCCAAUAACACGUUAGAAUUCCAUAUACAUGGAAGGCGUGGACCAACUAUGGACUGGCCUUCAAGACUACGUAUUGCUUUGGGUUCUGCGAAGGGAUUGGCGUAUCUUCACGAAGACUGUGAGCUCACACACACAUACCUACUUGUUAUGCUUUUCUUUUUCUUUUUCACGUUCAAAAAGGUAUGUAGCUGUUCUGUCAUGAUUUUAUUUCUGUACUUCGUAGGCCAUCCAAAGAUCAUUCAUCGUGACAUAAAGGCAUCAAAUAUUCUUCUGGAUUACAGAUGUGAAGCUAAGGUGGCAGAUUUUGGACUUGCAAAGUUAACCUCUGAUAAUAACACUCAUGUUUCCACCAGAGUAAUGGGCACAUUUGGGUACCUUGCACCAGAGUAUGCUUCUUCUGGCAAGCUAACUGAGAAAUCAGAUGUCUUUUCUUUUGGAGUAAUGCUUCUCGAGUUAAUAACUGGGCGCCGUCCUGUAAGUUCAAAACAAGCGCAUAUGGAUGACAGCUUGGUUGACUGGGCAAGGCCUUUGAUGACACAAGCACUCGAGGAUGGUAAUCACGAUGCUUUAGUGGAUCCCCACUUAGGAAUCGAUUUCAAUGAUAACGAGAUGGCAAGGAUGAUCGCCUGCGCAGCCGCAUGCGUACGCCAUUCUGCGCGGCGACGUCCACGCAUGAGCCAGGUUGUUCGGGCCCUGGAAGGCGACGUGUCGCUGGAUGAUCUGCACGAAGGCGUCCGGCCUGGCCACAGCCGGUUCAUGGGAUCACACGCCAGCUCCGAGUAUGACACGAGCCAGUACAACGAGGACCUGAAGAAGUUCAGGAAGAUGGCGCUCGGGACCAGCAGCUUCCAGAGCAGCCAGCUAACGCCGUCCAGCGGCGAGCACGAGCACCAGGAGCCGUCCGUCCCGAGCAGCGACGGCCAUCAGCAGACGCAGGAGGUGGAGUUGGGGACUAGGAAGAGAGACGACGGUGACGUCGAGAGCCAGGCUUCCAUGAGAUGACCACUUUCCCUUCCGUCGGAGAGAUUUGACUUCAGAACAUUUGUAAAUCCACAGCAUAGCUGAAUUCACAUAAGCUGCCAGCUGACUUGACUUGGUUGCAACGAACAAAAAUGAUAUUUUGUUCUUGAGAUAUAUAGUUCUUUUGGUAGCCGCA